GGUAUGAUCCCCUCUUCAUGCACCCUGACCUGUCCUUUGGUACCCAUACCGGCAGCUGUGGCCACAUCAUGCACUCUCACUGCUGGCAGAGAUACUUUGAGACACUCCAGAGUCAGGAUGCGCAGUGGCUGCAUGAGCAAACCAGUUACGAUGUAGAGAAUGGGGAGUACUUGUGUCCACUUUGUAAGUGUCGCAGUAACACCGUCAUUCCUCUCCUGCCCCUCACUGAGACCACCUGCAGUUACAGCAAUAGUGAGCAGCCAGGUCUGGCUCAUUGGCUGAAUACAACGUAUAUAAGCAGAUCAGAGCCUUGCACUCUGCUCAUAAGAGAGCCAAGCCAACAAGUGAGUCUCAUCAUACAUAAUGCUGGUGAGACAGAGACUGUGGAGGACUCUCCUCCUCCUGAGAGUUUCGGACUGGACCAUAAAACACAAGAUGAUGGAGGCCAAGCAGAUAACAGACAGUUUAACCCAGUGUUGGAGCUAAUUGACCUGCAGUGCAGUUCUGAACUCAAAGCCAAGUUCAGGGAGCUGUUCUCCACUAUGAACUUUAAUAAAUCAAAGUUCAGGUCCAGACUUACAGAUGAGCAUCUUCGAGCCAUACUGAGGGUCUCAGUUGCUUCCUCCCUCAAGCCAAAUGUGGCUCAGCUGUGUAAGAGGAAGCGCUGCCAAGUCUCUGGCAGCAAGGAGUAG